AAAUUCGCAGUAACCGAUUCAUCAGUGGUUGAAUACUGGUGCAGUUGCAUGUUGGAGAAAAUUUUUAGCACAGAAAAUUCUUGCCAAUAUGUAUAGCACAUAUCAGGCCUCAUACCUGGACGUACCCGACUCUCUAUCCUUAGAAGAAAUGAUGGAAUGUGAUAUUCGCGAAAUGGAUAUGAACUUCAACGAUCCUUUAUUCACUGAGCAGAGCCUCUUCUCAUCUCCUGAUACCCAGAGAAUUUUGAAGCAAGAAAGAAGGGUAGAUUGUAUAAGUCCAGGGGACUUAACGAAUUUACAAUGGCUCCAGAAUGUUUCGAUUCCMAUGGAGAAGAACUCYAACGGGCAGGAUAAAUCCGUGAUGGUAGACCCGAAUACAGUUAUGCCUGUACAUUGGCAGAAUCACCAACAACCACAGCAGACUCAAAUCGCUGUCACUACCAUACCGAACAUAUCACACAUCACACAGCCUGUGACUCAACAGACACAACUUAAUGUCCAACCACGACACGACCAGAAACACAGAGUACAAGACUCCAAACUCACUAAAGACAACUCCAAACCUAACGAGAAAACUUAUCCUAAGCCACUGUUCUCGUAUUCCUGUCUCAUUGCUAUGGCACUUCAAAACAGCGAUGCGGGAACUCUGCCAGUUAGCGAGAUUUACAAAUUUAUGAUGGGAAAGUUUCCUUAUUUCAAAACCGCGCCGGAUGGAUGGAAGAACUCAGUCAGGCAUAACUUAUCCCUCAACAAAGCCUUCUGUAAACUAGAGCGUCCCCAAGGAGCAUCGCAGAGAAAAGGUUGCCUCUGGUCUCUCAGACCUGAACGCAAGGAGCAAAUGGAAAAAGAGAUUAAAAAAUGGAAGAAAAAGCAUGCYGAAGCUAUUAGAGCUAGUAUGGCACAUCCAGAAGAACUUCAAAUCUCAACUGAYGAWUUAGAAGAAARUCUUCAAACAAAUCCAAACCACAUCGAAGACGUAGCCGCGGCUGAUGCAGCAAAGGAAUUAUUUGGUAAUAAUUUGAUUCAAGAGAUUCAGCAACAUGAGGAGUUGGACUGGGAYGAUAUUAUCUCCUCWGGUACGGACCUUAACCUAGCGCCAGGUCUUACCACAUCAAGUAUGACACCCACAAUGAAUGAUUUAAAUUUACAGUCGGCACCAGUGACGACUACAGUUGAAUUAGAUAACUCUGCUCAGUAUUUCAUAAAUGGUCACGAUUUUGAUAAUACUAAUUACAAUAUGUCUAAUUAUUACAACUUACAGCCACAGCAAAUGGCACAUAUAAAUACGGGAUUUUAAUGCCUUUAUAUUUGCUAGUGAAUUAUUGUUUUAAGACUAGGAUGUAUAGAAUAAUAUUACAAAUUUGGCCACGGUACUUUUACAAAGAAAUUUACUAUUAAAUGCUAUUUGUGUUCACUCACGUGGGUCAUAAUGUGGCAAAUAUUUCAUAAAUUGCAUUGCAAGUACAUCUGUGAUAUUAUAAGCAAUUAUAACACCAUUUUAAUGGCAGCACUCAAUACUACUAAAGCCAAGCAUAAUUAUUUGUGGAUAGGAUAUAUAUCUGUAAGGGUUUGGCUUUGGUAUUUUUAUUGUAUAACUAGCUAACACAAGGGGCAAGGACAUAGAUGGCUGGUUUUGUAUCUUAUCAACUGAAGUCAAAUGGAAGUCAUUUCAAUAUUCUUGAAGGAUUUUACUUUAUAAAGCCACCCACAAGGCAAAAUAUAUGAUAUUUGGUGGUAACCUCCACAGCAUUAAACUUUUUUCUUAUUACAGCAAGUAAAUGUAUUACUAUAAAAUAACAGUUAACGAAAUGAUGGUUUCUCUGCAAGUUUAGUUUCAGUAUUAAAGCAGCUUGACUUAGCAAACUUGUGUCUAACUUUCCGUUUUAUCCUCAAAUGGGUGGAAUAGCUUUUUAUUUAUUAAAACAUCUAAUAAAUUAAAAUAUGAGCUACUUAUUUGGAAUAAGAAACACAAGAUAAGUAAAAAAGUUCUGUCUGAUUUCAAAAGUGAAAAACUUUGCCACUAAAAAUACUCUAGUUUCGAACUCUUUUGUGCAAGCUUAGCUUCAAUCAAGCAUAAACUGUGGUUGUUGUCUUUUACACAAAGUGUUUGCAUUACAAUAGGAUCUCUGCUUUCGAGGUUAAGACUGCACAAAUAAGAUCUCGAAACUGGAGUAUUACCGUAUAUUCCAUUUGACUUGAGAGAAGAAUAAUUUAAGGGCUUGCUAACACAACAUUGAUGUCAUAACAAGAACAUAAUGGGAAAAAAUGUGAAUUGUAACAGGACGAAGAUGUAAGGAAUAUUUUAAAAGUAAUUUAUCUAUCACUGGCUAACAUGUAGAAUUUUCAAAAUUGGAUAUUUUGAAACAYUAAUUCAUGGUUAUAAGUCAGUGAAGUGAGUUUUUUGGAGGAAUUCUCAACUUUUCAUUCAGAGGUCUGAUAUUCUGCCACAAAUACCCCUUGGAUUGAAAGAAAGUCUUUUGGAGAUUUAAAAGUUCAAAUUAGUGAUAAUACAAGCUACAUGUACUAACAGAUGUCGGUAGAUAUUUAGUCUUGAAGAAAAUGACAGAAUAUCACUCAAUGAUGAGAACUAUUUUCAGUUUAAUAAACUCAAACAGUUACCUUCAAAAACUAAAUAUAGGGAGACGUCGAAGGAAAUCUAUAAUUGGUAUUCAGUGGCCAUGAAAAUUUCCUUGAAGAUAUUUUAAACCUUAAUUUUAUCAUGAUGUCAUUGUCUCACUUCAAUAAUAACACUUAGUUCUGAUCAAAAGCUAAUUUCUCUUGUGUAUUUUGAAGAAAUUCAAUAAGAUUUUAAAUUUUAAUCAGAACUUGUUCUUUCUUUUGGGUCAAGGUAGUGGUUGGUCUGGUAGACAUCAAACAUUCAAUCUUUUGUGUUAUUUUUUUGGGGGGGAGGGGGACAGGGGAUUUGAGGGGAUGUGGCAUUGGUUGUGCGUAGGUUAAAGACUGUAGGAGACAUUUUGAGUCAAUAAUGUAUGUAAAUAGCAAAAUGCAGAGGCUUAAAUAUUCUGUAUAUCAUYAGUAUUAAUUAAUGUGCCUAAUCAUUUCCACACCUAGAUUAGAUUGGAUUUGUUUUCCUGCAUCUCAUUUAGUUUCAAUACAUUUAGUACAAAUAUACAAGAACUCCAAAUAAUAGGAAUUCAAAUUCAAAAAGAGCAAUAUGCUCCUUUAAAUUAUACCAAUCUUAGCGGAAAGAUUUCAAUUUGUGUUUGCUUGAUAGAAUCUUGAUCUAAGUUAUAACAAUAUCACAUUCUUGAGUAUAAUUUUAACGAAUAUCAGGAACACAAAUUGGAAAGUGUAAUUGAUGCUUAAUGAAAUUAUUCCAUAGUUUGGUAUAAACUUAAAGAAAAGAGCUUUGCCAUAUGGGGCAAGAUAAGUAAAAGAAAAAAAGCAGGAGAAUUUUUCUUGGGAUUUGGGCAGUUUAAAUGUUUGUUAAGUUCAAAUUUCARUUGAUAAAAAUUCUACUGGUUUCAGAAGAAUAGUUAUGUGGUUAUUGGCACACUUAUCACCACUAAUAAUCUCUUAUAAUCAGGCUGUAUGCUGUAUAUAUUGCAUCGUACUGUAAUUAAGGAUAUAUUGUAGAUAUUGCUAAAUAAACCUGGUGCAACCAGACUGUAAUCACUA